AUGGAAAACUCCAGCAAUAACCUUUGGGCGGAGCUCGAAAAAGCCUAUUGUCCCCCAGUUGACUCUGCUCUCUUCGCUGCAGUUGCAUCAGACUUUGAUCUAAGCGACCCUGAAAGUGUCAAGCAGUUUCGUGAAGUUCUAGACUCUAUCAAGGGACUUGCCGUUCAACAAGAAAAUCUUCCCUUUGACCCAUCUGGUACGGCUAAUAAUAAUGUUGCUGAUGAGGGCGACUUUGGAGAGAUGCUUUCCGAUGGAAUACCUACCCAAACAGACAUGACCAGUACGCCCUCAUUGCUGAUAUCCGAGAGUGGUGGAAACUCUUCUCGUGACGGUUCCAAAUCUCGAUUUACUUACACUGUCAUGGCCGAUGGUUCUCUUGAGCUUAUUGGGGCGACUUAUGAUGAUAAAGUCGAUUCCCUUUUGCAAAUGUUCCCAAGCGUGUCUCGUCUCAAUGUAGAGCAGACACUGAAGAAAAGCAACCUUGAUAUCGAUAAAUCAAUGGAUAUCCUGCUGAAUCUAGCAUUCUUUGACGAGUCACAAAAGGCCGAAGAUGAUUGCCAAAUAUUUAUGCCCAAGGGAAUUGACGGCUUUGUAGAAACCAAUGGAACUGGUCGAGCAGCCCGCAAGAAGAAACGCAAGAAAGGCUACAAGCCCCCACUACAGGGGGCAAGUCCCGAUGAUAUUCCCAUUUUCAAUAAAUGGGAAACCGGCAAGGCGGACAUCGAAUUCAUCUGUUCUAGGGCUCCCAAUCUUCUUCAAGAGAAAGUCAAAUCUGCAUAUCAUGCGAAUGGGAUGUUUCUGCCUGCUACGAUCAGAGCCAUGGCUCUUGCCAAUGUUCCGAAAGAGCCCCAUGAUUUGGACGAGGAUUCUGUGAUGUCAACACAAUUGGCUGAACUUUCACAAAAAUAUCCCUCUAUAUCAACAACCACGCUGGUCGGGUUGUUGGCUAUUACAGACAAUAUGAUUUCCGCGACGGAGGAUCUGGCAGCAGUCAUGGUUCAACAGCCACAAUCAUCAUUGAAUGACAUUAUCAAAUUCACUGCCGCUCCAAUUGAACUCGGUAAUGAAGAAGAGACUUCCACUCAUCAAAGCCAUCAGAACGAAGCAUUCGGUGUCAACUAUGAACAGGCACGAGCAACUGCCGAUGCGCACUUUGCAGCCGGCUUAGCUGCAUAUCAACAAGCAGGACAAGCCGCCCGUCGCGCCAAGUCGAAUCACCUGUACAGUGGUGCAGCAGCUGUGUAUCGCCAACGGGGUCAAGAAUAUCGCGAACUUGGAAUGAAACAUCUAUCAAUAGCGUCGGACAGGCUUGUAGAUGGGCAAUCCUCUAACUGUGACCUCGAUCUACACGGUGUCACAGUGGCCAAUGCAACUCGCAUUACUCGCGAUCGAGUUGACGCAUGGUGGGAUGGCCUGGGAGAUACGAAACACGUCCGCGGAGGCGGCAAGCACGUACAUGGCGGUUUCAAGAUUGUCACUGGCGUUGGUAAUCAUAGCCAUGACGGUACUUCCCGGUUGGGCCCUGCUGUGAGCAAGAUGCUAAUGCAGGAGGGCUGGCGAGUCGAAGUAAACCGCGGCUUUCUUCUUGUGCUAGGCAAGGCUCGACGAUGA